AUGUCUCAAUCCCAGACCGACGAGCUAGCUCUUUUGGACGAGGACGACAGCAUGGACCCAGACGACCCGGAGGACGAGACGCAGGGAAUGGAGAUCCCGGCGGGCUUUCGCCUUCAAGAAUCUACCCCCGCUGCUCUUGACAGAUUGCUUUUGCAACGUGGAGUGCUUGCUCGGCUGGGCAUGGGGUGGUUCGGUGGGUUGAUCAUUCAGCGAUCUCCGCAGCGCCACCUGUACGACUACUGUGUGCAGCUGGAAGUAGACCACACAGUACGCGCAAUAUGA